ACCAAUCGAUCCAGGAGGUAUACAUAGUGGCGCAGAAGCCAGUGAGUUUACUAAGGGCCUGGACAUUGAAAAGAAGAGGGGAUAAUCACUCAGUGAAAUAUUUACUUAUGAUCCUCAUCGUUUUUUGAAGUUACUUUAGUUGACAUUUUGCUUAGCUGUUGGUUGCAUAGUAGUUGUAGUUGUAUUAUUAAUUACUAUCGUCUGUGUUAUUGACAGUUUUUAUAGAACAUUUUUCAUUAUUUAAGGGAGUGUGAGUGUUGGUGUCAUAUAUGUGCUCUUUCGAUCAUCAUUUUAACGGAUUUUUCUGAGAGUUUUUUUUGUUUACAUUCAUCAUUUAUUUCAUCAAUUUUAUCAUCAUUAUUCAGUCUCGAAAAUUAUUUAAAUAAUUAUUAAUAAAACAUGAGACGAUUUUAAACAAAAAAGAAAAAAUAUCUACCAUUUAUUAGGAAUAACUUUUGAUCAAAAAGAAAAUAAAAUAAAUAUACAAUCAUGGCUGGAGACAGAGUGGAACUUUGUGGAUUUCUUGAUGCCAAAUUACCUGGAAAUUUAAUUCGCAAAAGGCCUUUUUCUUCAUGGAAAGCAUGGCGUCGUCAUUGGUGUACUGUUCGUAAAUUAGGGCCUGGUUUAGGUGUUGAAGUUCAGCUUGAACGUGGAAUUAAUAUUGAAGGGAUGAUUGAACGUCGAGAUUCAAUAAAAAUAUCAUCAGAUUCAAUCAUUUGUCGAACUGAGUCAAGAACUAAACUAUAUGCUUUUGGAAUCUUUCCUCCUAAAGAAAGAAAACCUCUUCUUUAUUUGAGUGGGAUAUCUGAAUCUGAAACACAGAGAUGGAUGGCUAAUUUGAGACAGCUUUUAAGACCUAGAAGACAUCGAUUUAUAGAAGGAACAUUCAAUAUUUCUAUGGUCGAUAACAGUCAUUCAAGAACUGCUGGUCUUACAGGAUUGUAUGGAGACUUGGUAGCCAGUCGUUGUGGAGUAUUUAUUAAAGAUGUUCAUACAGGGAAUAUAGUUCAGAAUUUAGAAUGGAAUGAAAUGAAUCAAUUUCAUUUGACUUCAAUCGGUCAUCCGGAUGAUGUUAAAAGAAUUUGUGUGAUCCAUACAACAAAACAUUUUCGAAGUGGUAUAGGUCAACUUCACAUCUUUUGUAUAAAUGCUCAACAGCUAUUACAAAACCUCGUUACCCAGGGACGAGAGCCACGACACAAAAAUGAAGUUUUGCGACCAUUAAGUCUAAGCGAAGGAGACUUAAGAAUUUCUGAUAAUGAGACGUCUGAAAAUUUGUCCGUAAUUAAAAAUAAAGUCGUCUCAACUCUUGCACAUGCUGGUCUUGAUUUGCUGUAUCUCUCGAAAAAUGAAUGUAGUAUGAGAAAAGAUAUUGUUAAAAGUGGUGAUCAAUUAGAGAAAAUGACUGAUAACACAUUAACUCGUUAUACACGAGCUAUUGAUAAUGUUUAUGAAACCGAACCUGCUAACUUUUCGAACAUCAGCUCAAGUUUGGAAGAAUUAGAAGAACCGUUACCUAAACGAAUGUCAAACAUUUCUUUAGCUUCAGGAAUUUAUGAAGAAAUUAUCGAUAACUUUAGCAUUAAUAAAUCUAGAAUUCCCUCACAUUUAUAUGAAAAUUUACAUGAUUUUAUAAUUAAUGCUAAUAAACAAAUUCCACCACCAUUACCUCCACGAGUGCGUUGCAUUUCAGAAUCAACUAGGAACGGAAGCAUCAGUGAUAUCGAGCUGGACUCAGAAGGUGACUCAAGAUCAGUAGUAUCAAGUACGCAAGAGGAAAUAACACCAAUUUCUGAUGAAAAAAAUUCUCUCGAUCUCCAUUUUCAAAUAGAAAAUUCAGAUUAUGUUCCUAUGUCUCCGAGGCUUCAAGAUAUAGUUAUGGAGACAAGAGAAAAACCGAAUUCAUGUGAAGAACAAAUUUAUAUGAUAAUGCGAUAAAACGCACAAUAAUUUUUUUUUGAAUUAUUUAUUUAGCUAGCUACUUUGUUAUGUUUGAUCAAAUUAAUAAAUUAAUUUCAAUGGAAUAGGAAAAAUUUAUAGAUAAAAUAAUAGGUUGAACGCUAUUACUUUUUGCAAAUAUUUAGGCAAUAAUUUCCAAUUUACGGUGCCAAUAAUUUAUUUUAAUUGAAUGUUUAUAAAAAUUAUUAAAAUUUUCAUCUAGUGUAUAUGGUGCAACUUAGUGAAUUGAUAAAACAUUAAUUGAAUUAAAAAUUCUAAACAUAUCUGUAGAAGUACUUAUUCAUGUUAAAGUUAUUUUGAUGGAUCUUUAAAAAAUACGCAAGAUAUUAACUUGCCCUACGUGUUCAAGAGUUUUCAUAUCAUUCAGGAAUUAAAGUACAAAUUUGUCGAUUAUUCAUUUAUUAUUUUUAAAUCUAUCACUAAGUCGGUUUACUAAUGAUUGUAACUGUCGAAAGAAUUUUUAUAUAUAUAUACGAAAAUUACUAUAACAUAUAAUUUAAAAACUAAACGUCUUUAUUAUGACAAACUUAAUAUUCUACUACUAAAACUAAUCACUGCCUUUUUAUGUGUACCUGCAAAUAGGUUCACAUUUAAUUAAUUCAAUAAUAAAUGACAAAUAUUAGUUUUAAGCAACGAUUAUUAUAUCUAACUCAAGCUCUAAUGAAAUAUUAAAAAGUUAAGUUAUUGUAUUAUUAGUAUAAUUAUACGAUUUUUAAAUACUUUAUUAAGAUCUCUUGAAAAAUGAAAACCCCAUUUCGAUACGACUGUAUUAUUAAUGAAAGAAAUAGAUGUAUAUCUUUUUUUUGUUUAUUAGGGAUUGUUGUGCUUGUACAUUGUAAAUUUAUAUCUUGUUUUAUGAGUACUGAGAAAAAUGUGAACACUUUAAGAAUGAUGUCUACACUUGUGAUAAAAAUAAUAAAUUAAUAGAAUUCACAUGCUUUUUUAUGAAAUUAAAUAAUUUCUAGAAAAAUAAAUUCUCCCAUUUUUUAUAUAUUUGCUAUUUAUUAUAAAUUGAAUAUAAAAAUUGGAAUGAACUUUAAUUAAUUGACAAUUUUUUUUAAUACCACAAUAUAUCUUACAUUAUGAGA